CCCUGGCAGAUCAAAAAGAAACAAGUACUCACACACACCAUUAACCAGGACUUGGAUUUCAUUAUGGUUCGUGUCUGCUGCAUGCCCUAUGAGCCCCACAAAUGCCGCCCAUCCUCUGACAGCUAGGCAUUAUUCCUCCUUUCCAUGAAAGCGUUACUCGGGUUUUUAUUAGUUGAUAUUUCCUGUAUUCUGGCAAAGUGAUGCACAAUGACAUAAGCAGACAUUUGUGCUGAGGCAUCGCAGGAGUUAAAAGCAUAGCAGGCGUUCGGAUCACCCUACCUGUUGACAGCAGAGGGCGCCCCAGCUGUUGUCCCAGUGUAGCAGGUAACUGACCCAUGUUGGGAGGGAGUGAGGAGAAGGCUGAGCCGGAGGGAGAGAGAGGGGUCCAGGCUGGGGGGAAGCCCGUGUUUAAUAGCUCUCAACGCCUGAACUUAUACAGUUCUUCUGUUCUCCUUGAGCUGCGGCGAUUCCUGUUAUGGGGACAGUGUCUGCAUCAUGGAUCCUUGUGGCAGCGUUGUUGUUCUGGAAUGCCAAGCUAAACGAAAGCAAGGUAUAUUAUAAAUGUGGAACUGUCUUGGAUUCAACAGAAAAGGGCCUCAUUCUUUCUCCUGGUUUCCCCAAUCACUACCUCCCCGGGUCGCACUGUGUGUGGCAGUUCUUCAUCCCUGCUGGUUCUCAGCUAAUUGUGGAAACUCUGGACUUUGAUGUCUUUGAAAGUACAAGCAAUGAUUUCCUAAUGCCCUCUUCAUCCUCAGACUCCAUUGCUCAUCCUAACCAAAAUAAAAAAAAAGAUGAUUCCUUUACUACUGAAACUUCUUUGAUUGGUGACUUUCCUAAAGCUACAACUCAAAAUGUUAAUGAGGUUAACAAUCACAUUAGUAUCUCUCGUAAGAGAUGGGAUAAAACAGAUAAGGGUGAAAACCAGUUGUCAACCUUACAAGGUUUAACAAAGGAACAAGAUCUAUAUCAUUCUGGGGCAAGCACAUCUCAGAAAGUGACCAUAGAAUCAAAUAGUUUUGAUGAGCAAGAAUCCACCAAACCCGUGGAUCUGCCAGCUCCAUUUACUGCAAGAGUAAUAGAGUCAUUGGAUUACUGGCAACCACACAGUGAAGAAGCAACAUCCUUGUCUUUGGAUACUGACAAUGAAAACUCAACCAGCCAGCCUCUAGUGCAGGAUGUAUGCCCUUUUGAUGUACUCUAUAUUUCUGACCUUGUCACUUUCUCCUCUCGUUUCUGUGGAUCCAAUUCACCCCUAAACAAGACCUUGGUCUUUGGAUCUCCUGUAGAGAUGAUGGAAGUCAUUAUGGAACUCAUUACUACAACUAAUCGUGGAAGAGGCUUUGCUAUGCUGUUUACUUACCAGAACCAGACCCUGGUUACAUCUAUGGGUAUUCAGAACAGGCAGGGAGGAGAUGGAAUGAUGUUUCCUGCUGUGACUGCUGCUGCCAUCUCAUUUGCUUUUGUGCUGAUGAUGAUUCUUUGUUUGUCUUACAGGCAAAAAAUGUGUCCCAAAAGAAAUCCAGAACCUGAACAGUCAACGCAACAGUCUAGUGGAAGCCAAAAUGCAGCACUGGAAGCCAGCGAGCUUCAGUUGGUUGUACCCGGUGAAGCUAUUAAGCAAAGGGAACUGGAUGUGGCCAGUUCUGAAGAAGCUGCAGAUACCUCUCACCAGACCCUGCAGGUGGAUCCCUCAUCUUCUGCUGCCACGGUGACUGAUUCCCACAGUGACGAGGUUUUUGUUAUUUCAUCCAGCAGCAACACUCACCAUUUCACUUUUAGCAGCUUCCCAUUACAGGAGAGGAGCCUGAGAAGGAGCGUGACUAGCCCAGCCUCUGUAUCUGACUGGUUGAACCCAGAUUACACAAGUGUGGAUUUAGGGGAAGAGGAUAACAGAAGUGAAAAUAAGGAGACCGGUCCAACCAGACACAGGACCUGGAGUGUUCGCACAUUUAACAGCCUGCUGCCUCCCAUAACCCAGCUUCAAAUGAAAUGGCGUGCACGAACAUCCAGCGGUUCCUUUACCAAACUAGUGGAUAGUGGUGUUAAAGUAACUCCAAAAUCUCCACCUCAGGAAAAUUCUAGAAGAGCUUGCUCUGCAGCACAGAUGGACGGCACUACUAGUCGGCUGUAUUCUGAGUCCUCUGUCAGCAAUGCUUCCUAUCCUCUGACCCGGUCUGCGCAGCUUGAGCGUAAACUUCCAUCUUGUAAUCUCAAGAGAUCACGGCCCUCUAUUGGGCCUCUUAAUGAUUCUUCUGACUGUCUUCACUCCAGCACCUUCAGAAACCCCUGCAUUUGGGACAAUAACAACCUGUAUCAAAAAUCAGCUCUGGAAUUUUCUACCUUAUGCAGAAGUGCCACCACAAACGGCAUUAGAUCUAAGGAGCUCACUGUAGAUCUGGACAUGCCCAAGACUGUUUUUGCCAUUUGUGAGGAGGCAGAUGAUAAACAGCCAUUGGUAUUAGAUGACCAAUUAAGUCCAAGUCGAGACUGUUUGCCACCUGAGAAUGAAGUCAAAUCUAUUACAUGUACAGUAGAUGUUCACUCUUUCGAACCCACAGAGUCCCUUCAUGAAUUCAGUUCUCGUAUAAAUUCUGCUGAUUGUUCCACGAAUCUAUAUACAGAGGAGAUUCCAGGUUUUAACUCAUUCAUGAAUCAGAACAUUCCAUGUGUUGCAAACGCUGCCAAACAAGAGUCUGUGCUAGAUGCCAACUCUGUCUUACCACAGGUAGGUUUAGCUGCAGAAUGACUGCCUUUGGAACCCUGGAUGUCUAUAUAAGAACCAACCUUCAAUUCAUUUGAACUUUGAUACAGGGCUUAAAUGAAAUUCCUUACCACUAUUCUUGGUCAAGAUUGAUUUAAACUCCUAUUACCUGCCCCGGUUCACGUGUUUCAGACAGUUGUGCCAAAUAACACAUGAGGAGUAACUACCACCUUGGCUAGGAGUGCACAGAUUUACUUCCACUUUUGGGUCCACUGGUUUGUACCGAUUGACUUCCACUUCUAAAAAAAAGUGAUAAUGUGUGUAAAGCAGGACAGUUCUAUGUGAUGGUGUUUUGCUAAAUGUUUUUCACUGUUGCUGCAAAAUAUCAAAAAGAAUUGUAAACGAUUGAGAUCACAUUAAAACACCUAUUUAAGUGA